AUGACAUUUGAGAUCUACAUCCCUGAGAACUUGAAGUUCUCCGAUUAUAUUGCCGUACUACAAACGGCGAGGACGUGGGCAGAUGGUUAUGAUAGAAAGGACAUCGACAGACUCUCUGCUUCGCUGGCUAGUUCAGUCGUUGUUGACUAUUCGCACAUCGUUCCACAUUGGGGAGAAAAGACUUACACAGGCCUUGGUUUCGCCCAGGAGUGGUUGUCACCUGAGCACCUCGGACUGAAACCUCUGGCAACACAGCAUCUCCUUGGGCUGCCUUAUUUCAAGCUCGUGGCAGACGAGGAGAUCGUGGUAGAAUGGCAGCAAUUGGUGUCUCAUGGUCGACGAGAAGGUGACGUGACCCAUGCGGUGCAGGAGGGAGUCUCGGAAACUAGCGAUCACCGGAGCUACGUAGAGCAUCGCUUCAUCAAGGUCGAUGGCAAGUGGAAGAUUGCGAAGAUCACCCCUAAAUUGAUUUACAACACGGGAAACUUCAUGCGGAUUCGUCGGCCGGAGGGGGAAGAGUGA